AUGCUAAAUCCACGUGAAUCCGGUGAUGGCGACUCCAAUUUUAAACGAUCUCUGCCGUUUACUGAAAUAUCUUAUCUAACAGAUAAUCGAACCUUUGCAAAUAAAGUGCUAAUCACAGGAUCAAAUAUUCUCGCUUGUUUAAUAAUUGUAGUCGGAAUAAUCAUGAUAGCAGUUCCAUGUCAGGUAACUUCAGCUCUUCAUCAACUAUCCUUUUAUCAUGAUUGUCCAAGUGAGUUAACUGAAGAAUAUCUAAGGCUUUUAACAUUGAUUAAUAAUUACUUGUAA